AUGGAUACCACCCUCGGAUCAGAGUAUGGUCAUGAUGACCUCUUCUCCAACUACGUUGACGAUGUCUAUGACUCGAUCUACCCGGACUUGGACUCAUCGGAGACCACAUCUCAACCUACUCUCACACUCCCGGAGGUUGCCCAGAACCCUCCCACCACUGAAACUGCUCAGCGGAACACUUUCAUCUUUGGUUCCGAUAACAACACCAUCAUUCAAAACACUGCUCAGCAGGUGUGGAACUCUAACGCCAUGAAUUCUUUCUACGAUAUCUUUAGGGCUCCCUCCCCGGUUUCCGGUAACACCCAAGACCUCGUCACUGAAACCCCCGCAACUCAAAACCUCAUGGGCCCUCAAAACAAGCCUCGAACCCUGUCCGACAAGCUUCGCCAGGGCAAGAAGAUCAUUCUCAGCUGCAGGAACGACGGAAAGAUUAAGAACGAGGACCCUGCCGACAUCUACGAGAAGCCCCCCACUGUUCAAGCCUGGGGCCCUCUUAUCAAGCACGCUAGGGUUACUGAACAUCUCUUUGAGUACUGCAGGUAUUACGUCGAGUUGAAUCCGGCCAAGCGAUUCACCCAGGAUGAACUCAUCCUCUUCAUGAAGGGUACUGAGUGCCCCAACCCGGAGAGAAAACUCACCCUUUGGAUCCAGAACUCACCUUCUCAGGUCAACGGCCGGUACGCCAUGGGCGGUAACUCCGCCAAGUGCCGGUAUAAGCAUUGCCCCGGUAAGUUCACUAUCUGGAAGGGUUUUCUCCGAAUUGCCUUUGAUGAGUUCUCCGACAAGACCGGUCUCCAUCUCGAUCCCUUUCACAAUGCAGGCUACAUGCAUCUUCACUGCUUCGAAAAGAUUUUUGAUCUUGCCUACCUUAUUCACUACGGCGCUGCCCAGCAUGGAUUUCAAAUCAAGCCCGAUGUGCGGACCUUCCCCAUCGAGUCCAGAAAUCCCAUGUCUCUACUCCGCGAUCACCCCCAGAUGCUCAAUGCCUACUAUCAAUGGCUUCGGGACAACAAGCAGCGCUGUGAUCUACUCUUUAUGGCACAGGCUGACCAUGACGGCUUCCAUAUCCCUAGCCCACCUUCUCAUCACACUACCCUCGGGUACAAGCUCACCAUGUACCACCUUUCCCAUGAGGUAUCUCACAGGGUGAAUAUGCGUGAGAACCGCGGUGGUGCACACAUUGGUAUUCACAAGGGUAACCUGGAACGUUUCAUGCACAUCAAAGCCAAGAUGCGGGAUGGAAAAAACAACGUCAACAAGCGGCGGUCCCGUGAUGAUGACAAGGAGGAGGAAGGCGACACUCAGGAUAGCAUUACUUACAACCCUAGGCCUACCAAGAGGCCUAGGGGUCGUAAGGUUGCUUCCAUCGACACCUCCGUCGACUCUACUCCUACUCCGGUCAACAUCCCCCUCAAUACUGACCUCAACACCAACCCCAUUGUCAUGGGUAACUUCAAUUACCAGAUCCCUGACUUCAACAUGAUGGGGAUGGAGAUGGAGAUGGGGAAUCUCACCGGCUUCCCGCUCAACUUCAACACCUACCCGGUCAUUACUAACCCACAGCAGCGCAUCCUUCCUACCACCACAAUUUUCCCCACCACCCUCCAAUCCCCCGGACCUCGCACGCGCCUUAGAAGCCGUGAGAUGUCCACCUCCAUCGUCGGCUUCCUCAACACCCACCCCAAUCUCACCCUUACUCAAACCCAGGAGAUCGGUGCGGCUAUCGCCGACGAGCCCUCUUACAUCCAGGACAAUAUCCUCUCGGCUGUUCAGCCUGAGACGGCCAACACCCUCCUGCGGGAUGGGAUUGUCCCGGAGGUGGAGAGCAAGAUCAAGAAGCUGAAUCAAAGGCAGCUGAAGGAUCUGGAGAGGGUGAUUGAGAGGAUUGAGAAGAAUGGGAAUAUGACGAGGGCUUCGAGUAUGUGGUAG